AUGAGCGCAUUCACUUCAGAGUGUUGUUUUUCGGCCCAGGUACCACAGGAUAGUUCUGGAGAGAGAACAAGAAACUGCUGUUGGGAAGUUUUGAUGCGAACGGGCACAACCACCAUUACCUUUAUGAUUUUUGGGGCUUUACUUGUGAUGGCUGCAGCGUGUCUAACGGACAUGAACGCGCUACUGGACCGCUUUCACAACUAUAUCUUACCACAUUUACGAGGAGAGGACCACGUCUGCCAUUGCAACUGUGGAAGGCACCAUGUACACUAUGUGAUCCCGUAUGAUGGGGACCAGUCUCUGGUGGACUCGGCAGAUAACUACUUUGUGAGUGACAGCGUGACCAAGCAGGAGCUGGACCUGAUGCUGGGGCUGCUGCUGGGCUUCCUCCUCAGCUGGCUGCUGCUGUGCCUGGACGGGGCGCUGCACGCUGCCCUCAGAGCCUGGAGGGCCAAACAGCACCAUGAUGUGUUCUCCUGGUCAUGGGUUCCCCGCUUCUGUAAACUGGGGAGACGGGUGCAUAUGAGAAAGCUACAGGACUCAAGUGGGAACAUGGUGCACGUUAAGCAGAAGCUGUACCACAACGGACACCCCAGCCCACGCCAUCACUGAGAGCCAUGGCACAACAGACACCCCAGCCCAUGCCACCUCUGAGAGCCAUGGCACAACUAACACCCCAGCCCACGCCAUUUCUGAGCGCCUUGGACUGGCUGAGACCAUAGACUGAGACCUGCUGUCAACUGACCAACCAGACUCUAGACACAAGGGCAGCUAAACAAAGACUAUCCAAGAUAUACCCUUCAACACAAUACUGUUUCUUAUGGACACUGGAUAGAGCACUUUAUCAACUGGCCCAAUGGCCUUCACACAGUGCAAAACUCACCCUCCAUAUGUCUUGACUGGAGAUUCUUUAAUGUAAAAGGAUGUAGGUAAUGGAGGGUCCAGUUAUUAGGGGGUAAGCAAUUUGAUAAGAGUGUGUCAGUUUUUCAAAAUAGUUAUAUAUAUAUUUGGUUUUAGAAUGUCAAUUUUGCUAGAAGUGGGGAUAGGGUGUAUAUUUUGCAUGGGAUUUGUCGGUUUGUAGAAAAAAAUAUUUAUUUUGCCUUAAGAAAUAAAAAUAUUUAUUUAGCUUGAGACUGUAUUUUGAGAGGGGUUUGUGUAUUGGGAGAUGUACUUUGUCUAUUUUAGAAAUUUGGCAUGUAAAAACUGUCCUGAAAGGGGCCUAGGGUAUCUAUUUUCCGUGGGUGGGUGUCAUUUCUUUCUUGGUUAUUGAUGUCAAUAAUUACAAAUUAUUUGGGGUGGGGAAGAGAACAUAAAUGCUGCCUGCUUGUCUAACUGUGUGGUGUGUACAGUAUAUGCAGUGUGCCAAUAUUAAAGAACCAUAA